AUGAACAACUGUGUUGUAACAGAAGAUUUUAAGGAGAGAUUGGGAGGUGGAGCAUUUGGAUUUGUGUUUAAAGGGAUGUUGGAAGAUGACAAUCAGAUUGUGGCAAAGCGAUUUUCUGGAAUAACGUUACCUUGCCUCAAUUGUCAAGCUUGGAAGAAGAUUAUACUUCACAUAGCCAAAGGGCUGGCUUACCUGCAUGAAGAAUGCCGACAGAGAAUAAUUCACCUCAAUAUAAAGCCACAAAACAUUCUCUUGGAUGAAGAUUUUAAUGUCAAAAUCUCUGAUUUUGAGUUAUACAAGUUGAUAAACAGAGAGGAAAGCCAUGUUUUGACCACAAUGAGAGGAACUCCUGGAUAUAUCGGUCCAGAGUGGUGGCAAGCAAGAGUCACCAUCAAAACUGAUAUUUAUAGCUUUAGAAUUGUUCUUCUUGAGAUAGUUAGUCGCUGGCGAAACAUUGACAGCACACAGUUAGAAUCUAGAAAACAUCUGCUUCAAGUGUUGCGGGAGAAGGCUGAGUAUCAACUAAUUGACAUUGUGGAAAACAUGGAUGAAGGAGUCAAACAAUAUCAUGCCAAGGAGGUGGUCAGGAUGACAAAGAUUGGAGCUUGGUGUUUGCAAAAUGAUCAGUCAAAAAGGCCUUUCAUGUCUAUUGUGGUUAAGGUUCUGCAGGGAUGGAUGGAGGUGGAAACAAACAUCAACUACAACUUUACAUAUGCAAUGGCAUCUUCCUCGACAAUCAACAACCAUGCUUCCAUGGCACCACCAGCUUUAGUUCUUUCUAAUCCUCAAUGA